GUUGAGAUGAAGUCUCCAGCUGUGGCUAACGCGCUAUAGAGUUAUGCUAAUUGAUAUCAUUAUCAUUUUGUUUUUGUUUCACUUAGAAACAUUUCAAUAGAAAAAUGGAACCCGUCGUCGACUCCCCAUCGCCAUCCGUCGAGUAGGACCAUGAGUCGAAAGGCUCUGUUCGAGACCACCGGACUCGUGACGCCGAAUCUCGACGUGGAUCGCAUUUCGAAGACAGUGGCUCGCAUCAACGGAAUCACGCAACAGAUCCGGGCAGAGCUGGAACAGGCCUCGCAUCACCUCGACAAGGCCGAACACGCGGGAACCAUGGUGCGCGCUAUCACGGGGAAGCACCAGAUUCUCUUGCCUCCCUUUCCAGACGUUGUGGGAACCGUGACGGAUAAGUUCAAAGGCUACAGUCGGGGCCGCUGGCCCAGCAACGGAAAUUUUGACGCGUUGUUUUUGUAAGUGUUGCGAAUUCUUGAUUUUUGUGAUGCUUUUGAAUUGAAAAGUACUCUCAUGAUUAAGUAGCCGAGCUCCUAGUACAACGAACCGCAGAUGGAAAAUGAUCGAUCGAGGGGAUCGUUCGAUUAGUGAUUGUUUCGAGAUUCCAGUCUCAAGUUAUCAGAUUGAGUCGUGCAGCCAGCUCCUCUCGCAAGGUUCUAU